CUUGACAGUCGAGCAGCCGACAAGUUGGUCUCUGAUCGCUUCGUCUGGCCAGAGAUGCACAAGGACCUCAAAGCUUGGACACGGGUUUGCCUAAGCUGUCGACGGAGCAAGGUCAAUCGGCAUAACAAUGCAUUUAAUGGCACCUUCCUCGGCCCUGAUGCAAGGUUCAAUCAUAUCCACCUGGACAUGGCAGGCCCUCUGCCUCUGUCCAACGGCUGCCCCUACCUUCUCACCUGCGUGGAUUAA